AUGGCUGCUGCCAAGGGUGCCGUCGACAAACAGGCUCGUAGCCAUGGCUAUGACUUUGCUGGCCCUUUUGGUGUCGGUGCCAUUUCUAUCGUCGCACCAUCCGUCUCAUUCCUCCUCUACUUCGGCUGCAAUGAGCAUGGUUGCCCUCCAACACGCCUCAACUGGACACAAUAUGUCGAGCAGGUUCUUCCUACAAGAGAACAGUUCUUCUCUCUCGAAGUUCUUGGCUACUUUGUCGCCUAUGUUCUCGGACUCGCCCUCUUGAACGUUACAAUCCCCGUACGGGAUCGAAUAGGCACCCCUCUGAAGACUGGAGAGCGUCUCAUCUAUAACCUCAAUGCCCUCGAAACAUUUAUCCCCAUGAUGGGGGCUUUGGCUUUUGGUACAUAUCUCAACGGGUGGGAAUGGUCUUUCUGGACUUGGGUCUGGGACCACUAUCUGCAUUUGCUUACGGCUGCCAAUCUGUUCUCCUUUGUCUUGGCCUGUGGCAUUUACCUCGCCUCCUUCAGGCCCUCAAAACCACUUCUUGCAGCUGGAGGGAACACUGGAAAUCACCUUUAUGAUUGGUUUAUUGGUCGAGAACUCAAUCCUAGAAUCGGAAAACUGGAUAUCAAACUCUUUUGCGAGCUCCACCCUGGAAUGAUGGGCUGGGCUAUACUAAAUCUCGCAUUUGCUGCUCGCCAAUUCCAAACAAUCGGUCGUGUCACCGAUUCGAUGGUCCUCGUCAACGUAUUUCAGUUUUGGUACAUUUUUGACGCUUUCUGGAACGAACCCUCAAUUCUCACAACCAUGGAUAUUACUUCUGAUGGCUUCGGAUAUAUGUUGAGUUUCGGGGAUCUUGCCUGGGUCCCAUUUACCUAUUCUCUUCAGGGAAGAUACUUGGCCAUAUAUCCACUAGACCUCGGGAUCACCGGUGUCGUUGGUGUUCUACUCGUCAAGGGCAUAGGAUAUUACAUCUUCCGUGGUGCGAACGCUCAGAAGAACGCAUUCAGAACGAACCCAGAAGACCCUAGCCUCAAGCAUUUGAAAUAUAUUGAGACCAAGACCGGGAGAAAACUGCUGAUUUCCGGGUGGUGGGGUAUGUCUCGCCAUAUAAAUUAUCUGGGAGACUGGGUCAUGGGAUGGGCGUGGUGUCUCCCCACAGGCUUCGGCACCUGGGUGACUUAUUUCUAUGUCGGAUACUUUGCUGUUCUCUUGAUCAAUCGGGAACGGAGGGACGAUAGCCACUGCCGGACUAAAUACGGCGAAGACUGGAAGAGAUACACCAGCAUUGUAAAGAGCAGGAUAGUACCCGGAAUCUAUUAG